AUGCGUUCCUUGCAGCACAAGGCAAGCGUCAUGGCCAUCAUCGCUCAGCGGAUGUCGGUGCGCCUUCCAAAGAGUCUCAUCCCCGACGAGGAACUCUUGCGGUGGCUCGUUCCACCAGCACCAGGUGAUGCGUCCUACAGACCUCAUGAGCGCGCGGGCUUUGUGUUCGGGCAUGACGAUGGCAGCGCACCUGUCCAGUUGGCAAACAGCGAAGAAGGCGACGAAGAAUGGGUGCGCGCGAGAGCGGAUACAAGGGAGGGUUCGGUAAGGCGUUCGAUAGGCUUUGACGCGAUCGCCCAUGGCGGCAUACAGCGUGGGGCGACGCUUGAGGUAGCACAGCGGUACGAUGUUGUAUACGUAUUCUCCUUCUGGGAGUUCAUUGCUUUAGUGUCAGCUUCGCUCGAGCGUAAGCACUGUAAGCAGAUAAAAUACCUUCAGGAAAUGCUUGCGCGACCGAAAGUCGGCAACCUUAUUGUACUCGGCCAUCUCAUACAUGGCGUCCAGAACUUCCUUCGUCGGCAUCAAGACCCACUCGAGAUCUCUCAUCGCCGCAGCCAUGUCUUCACGGACUGCGAGAAGUGUCAGAUUCCCUACGGUAAAACCGUAUAA